AUGCAGUUCUCACUUACCGCCGCACUCAGCCUUCUUGCCGUGGCUUCGACCGCCGCUGCGAAGGGCAUCAACUGCGAAGGCAGCUCCAACUGCAACCCGAGUUUCAAUUCCGGCGUCUGGAGGGCUGAGGCCGGCGAGUUGAAGAACCUGAUCGACAGAAUCCCCGACGACAAGUGGUUCAACAACGGCCAGAAGAUCGCCUGCGUCAGAUGGAUUUGUGCUUUCCUCCAGAACACUGGCGGAGCACCUGGCCGCAACAUCAAAGGCCUCGCCCAUUUCAUCCCUGAUCACGGUUGCACAAUCUGUGGUAGCGUCCCCUACUUCUACCCGGGCAUCAACGACGUCAGCCAGGGAAUGCUUACCUUCAACUGGGUCAACACUCCUAAGUGCGAAGGACUUUGUUCUUAG